AUGAAUCCAAAAGGUUAUAAAUUUGAAGUUCGAAUAUAUAUUGAAAAGUUGGAGAUGAAGUGCAAUUUAUCAUUUAAAGUGUAAGUUAUAUUAAAAUGUGGGAAUUAAAAACUUAUGACUGAGUAAUUAGCUGAUUUUAAUUAAGGAAAUGCAAAUAUUAAAGAAACUCUCUGCAUUCAAACUAACUUGUAAUAAAUCAAUGGAACAUUUUAAGAAAAGAAAAUAGAGUUGCUAAUUUUGCUCAUAACAACAAAAGGUAAUAAAAAAGCAGGUCAAUGUUAUAUUGAUAUUGCACAGUUAUUGAACUAAAAAAAAUAUGACUCUAAUUAAGAACUACUCUUAGAAAAUUGCCCCGUUAACAAAGCCAAAAUUUAUUCAACAAUUCGAUUAGCAGAAGUUGAGAAGGUAGACUUUGAAGUAAUCAACCCACAGUCUUCAAUAGUUAUUGAGUAAGGAUCAGAUAAAACGUAAGGGCUUUUUACACCAUUAAAAGCAGCACUCGAAAAUACAGUCAAGAAAUACUUUGGAGAUAAUCAAUCUGCAUAAUCACAAAAAUUGGAAAAUUAAUUUUCUAGAAAUUAAACAAAUUAUCCUAUUUUAACAGAUGGUUCACCUCAUUUGAAUUCACAAAAAUAACAAUUGGAUUUCUAACAGGUCUAAUAAGAUUUAUCAGAUCUUCAAGAAGAGCUCCAAUAAUAAAAGAUAAUAUAUACAGAAAUGAAGGAUUUGAAUAAUUAACUAAAAAAGGAAAUAGAAAUAUAGAAAGAGAAAAAGGAAGCCUUGAUUUAAUAGGUCUAGGAAUAAAAACUCUAGAUAGAAAAUAUGAUUGACUAACAUAAAUAUCAAGAAUAGUUAACUUAAUAUGAACAAUAACUAAGCCAAAUUCAAAGUCAAUUGAGAUAAGCACUAAAAGAUAAUGAAACUCUUACUUUGAACUAUAAAAAAGCUAUGUAAUAGUGCAAUAAAUUAUCUGAGGAGUAUAAUUAAAAUUAACAAACCUUCAAUUAUGAAGAAAAAUCUACAUUCUAAUUAAAUCAAAAGAUAAAGGAAUUGGAAGAAAUUUGUAAUGAAAAAGAUCAAUUAUAUUAAACUUUAGAGAAAUCUAAUAAUGAUAGCUAGUUAAAGAAUAUUAAUUUUGAAAAUUAGAUCAUUUAAUUACAUCAGUAAGUAUAACAACUCAAAGCUAAGCUUAUUGAUAAAGAUGUUGUAAAUGAAUUAUAGAAAGAGAAUCUUAAUAGUCUAAAUAUAUAAAUAUUAAACUUAAAGAAUUAAAAUAGUUCUCUAUAGUAGAGUUAAAGAAUGAUGAAUGAUAAAAUUGAUGAAUAAUCUAAGUAGAUUGUUAAUCAAUAGGAAUUAAUAAAUCAAUAAACUGGGGAAAUUAGGUAACAAUAUGAAGAUAUCUUAAAUCAAAACCAUUAGAGUAUUUAAUAACUAACUAAGGAAUUAAAUGAGAAAAAUAUUGAAUUAAUUUCUUAUUAGACUACAUGCAAAUAACUAAAAUUAGAAUUAGAUGCUGUUUUGGAGUAACAUGAAAAAUCAAAGCAAGAAGGAGUAAAAAUAUAGCCAGAGUCAGAUCUAAAUUAUAUGGAAAAGGAGUAGUAAUUCUAAGAGGAAAUAAAAAAGUGCCGUGAGAGAGAAGAGGAACUAAAAAGUAAAGUUGAAUUUCUUUUGCAAUCAACAAAUUAAUUGUAAUAACUGCUAAACGAAUAGUAUCAGUCAGAAAGAAGUUAUGAGAAAUUUGUUUCGAGACCACUAGAUUCCAAACGCAAACGCAGAGGUGAAUGUUCCAAAUCAAUUGAUUUAAUUGAACAGGGCAAUAUCAUUGAAAUUUUCUAAGUUAAAGUAGGAUCUAGAAUGUCAUUAAUUGUAGAUAUAAGCUCAGGCGAAAUGUGA